GCGCCUGGGGGGGGGGGGGGGAAAUGAAAGGAAGCCGGACGUAGUGCGCAGGUGCGAGAACGUGCUUUGGCUCUCCGGGCGAAGAUGGCGGAGCGCGGCUACAGCUUUUCGUUGACUACUUUCAGCCCAUCUGGUAAACUUGUUCAGAUUGAAUAUGCUUUGGCGGCUGUAGCUGGAGGAGCCCCUUCCGUGGGCAUUAAAGCUGCAAAUGGUGUGGUAUUAGCAACGGAGAAGAAACAGAAAUCCAUUCUGUAUGAUGAGCGAAGUGUACACAAAGUGGAGCCAAUUACCAAACAUAUAGGCUUGGUAUAUAGUGGCAUGGGCCCAGAUUACAGAGUGCUUGUACACAGAGCUCGAAAACUAGCUCAGCAAUAUUAUCUUGUUUACCAAGAACCCAUUCCCACAGCUCAGCUGGUACAGAGAGUAGCUUCUGUGAUGCAAGAAUAUACCCAAUCAGGUGGUGUUCGUCCAUUUGGAGUUUCUUUACUAAUUUGUGGUUGGAAUGAGGGGCGACCAUAUUUAUUUCAGUCAGAUCCAUCAGGAGCUUACUUUGCCUGGAAAGCCACAGCGAUGGGAAAGAACUAUGUGAAUGGAAAAACUUUUCUUGAGAAAAGAUAUAAUGAAGAUCUAGAACUUGAAGAUGCCAUUCAUACAGCCAUAUUAACCCUAAAGGAAAGCUUUGAAGGGCAGAUGACAGAAGAUAACAUAGAAGUUGGAAUCUGCAAUGAAGCUGGAUUUAGGAGGCUUACUCCAACUGAAGUUAAGGAUUACUUGGCUGCCAUAGCAUAAUGAAGUGACUGAAAAUCUGGAAUUGCAGAUAAUCUCUAUACUUAAACAUGUUUAAAGUAUGUUUUGUUUUGCAAAUUUUUGCAUACUUAUUUCUACAUGAUUUAAUGGAUCAGUGUUUUUAAAAUGAUACUUAUAACUCAUAAUAAACUGUUAAAUCCAACUUUCAGAUUUUUAGGAGUUAGUAAAAUUUUAAAAGUUA